AUGCUCUUCCGUCGCCAUUUGACAAGUGUGCCGGCGACCAUUCCUUCACUUCUAAACGGUAAGCAUGUGUUAUCUUCCACUAAAAUCCCUGUAUACUCCCAUAAUUCUGAUUUGAUCCACCAUUACCUGCCAAUUCCAAGCCUUGACGUUUUGAACGAAGUUUGCUCCGAUUCUUACAAUGGCUUUCUCCAGUGGAGCAGCCGUCCUUUCUCUGAAAGGGCAGAUAUCUUGAAUUCUGCCGCCGACUCCAUCUCGCGUGAUCGAGAUACCUUCAUUGAUGCUCACUUGGAGAUCGGUGGCUCGCCAAUGUUCGCAUCAGUAUGUGCUGAUAACGCCGUUCAGGACAUACGAGAAUACUCGAGAUCCAUUUCGCUGCCUGAUGGACUGGUGGUUAAAUCGAGUACUGCUGACUUGGCAAUGGCACUUAAAACACCCAUGGGUCCUGUUUUGUCCAUUGCACCUUGGAAUGCACCCACCAUAUUAUGGUCUAGAGCCAUAGUUGCUCCUUUAGCUGCGGGGUGUUCUGUGAUAAUCAAGUCCUCCGACAAAGCCCCCAAGUUGCCAUUUUUAUACACUGAGCACCUUCUCAAAGCCGGCGUGGAUGUUCAGGCGUUGCAGUUGCUCAAUGUCAACCCACAAGAUCAUGCCAAGGUGACUGAGUCGCUCUUGGCCAACGAUUUGGUCCGGAAAGUCAACUUCACAGGAUCUACUGCCGUGGGCACAAAAAUUGCCCAGACGGCCGCAAAGUACUUGAAGCCUUCGUUGCUCGAGUUGGGAGGUAAAAAUGUAUCCAUCGUUUGUUACGACGCAGAUAUCAAGAAAGCUGCUUACAGCCUGGUGCUAAGUGCCUGGAUGCACAAGGGCCAGAUUUGUAUGUGCUUGGAUAACGUAUACGUACAUGACUCCAUUUAUGACAAGUUUACUGAGGCUUUAGUUGCCGUAGCCAAAGAAUUUGCUGCUUCUCCAGACAUGAAAUUGGGCCAAAGAGACAAGGCUGGUGCCGAGAAGGUUAGUCGGCUAGUGUCCGAUGCAAUCGAUAAAGGUGCAUCUGUUCUUUUCGGUGAGGUUUCAGCCCCCACUACCACCGAGUCGUCGCCUUUGAUCCUUGAGAAUGUCACUCCAGAUAUGUCAAUCAAUACCGAAGAGACGUUUGGGCCCGUUCUUGCUCUUUUCAAGUACCACGACAUUGAGGAGGUGAUAACUAAUGUUAACAAGUCAAAGUAUGGUCUCAAGGGUUCUAUUUGGAGCACUGACACCUUGAAGGCGUUAUCUCUUGCCAGAAAGAUGGAUUUUGGAGGAGUUCAUAUCAAUGGGUCCACUGUUCACGAUGAAGCAACUCUUCCACACGGAGGAGUCAAACUGAGUGGCUGGGGACGCUUUAACAGCAUGUGGGGAGUCGAUGAAUUCACCUUUACCAAGACGAUCACUUUGAACUAA